AUGUCCUGGGGCGGCUUUAAAAAGGCAAUUAACAGGGCCGGCGCUUCGGUCUCAAUCAAAACGGUCGAUAAGACCAUGGACAAGGAUUACGAGGUAGAAGAACGAAGGUACAAAACAUUGAAGACAGCAGGAGAUAAUUUACAAAAGGCAUCUAAAGGGUAUUUAGAUCAUAUCAGAGCCGUAACCAGAUCUCAGGUUGUAAUUGCCGAAAUUGUUUCAAAUCUUUACGAGGAAUCGAAACAAGGCAAUUCUGCAUCCUCUGCAGUCUGUACAUAUUACUUGCAAUGCGUACAAGAUUUUGACGAAGAAACAGUAAAACAAUUGGACGGCCCAUUUAGAGAAACAGUGUUGGACCCAGUUACCAAGUUUGCUCACUACUUUGUUGAAAUAGAUGAAGCCAUUAAAAAGAGAGCACACAAGAAAACAGAUUACGAACUGUGCAAGUCAAAAGUUAGAAGACUUAUUGAUAAACCUGCAAAGGAUGCGGCGAAAUUACCAAAAGCUGAAAAGGAAUUGGCAUUAGCAAAGGAGAUUUACGAGGAUCUCAAUACACAAUUGAAAAAUGAACUCCCUCAAUUGAUUGCACUUCGUGUACCAUUCUACGACCCGUCUUUUGAGAGUUUAGUCAAUAUACAAUUGAAAUUUUGUACUGAGGGUUACUCGAGACUAGCCCAGAUUCAACAAUACUUGGAUCCUGCUUCAAGAGACGAGUAUGCAAAUGGUAUACUAGAUGGCAGGAUUGAUGACUUGUUGGGCCAAAUGCAAGGCUUAACUAUUGCUUCUCCACUAAAAUGA